AUGCAACUCGACCAAAAAGUCCAACAAAAAAAAUAUCCACCUUAUAUUGAUAUUUAUGAAAAAGUUUCACUUGUCUAUCGAACUAGUUUAUUAAUAUCACUCAAAUUUUCUUUUUUACCUGUACAUCGUAUUGCUCUUGAAAUAAACAUUCCACAUACAAGUCAUAAACUACAAAUUUGUUCAAAUCAGGAAAGUGUUCAUGGUGCAUGUAUUCAAUACUCAAAUGGUUCAAAGGGCGUUACAUUUUGUAAAUGCAAUCAAGGAUGGUCUGGUCAAUAUUGUACAUGUUCCUCUGACUCUUUAUGUAUGGGUGUUGUAGCAAACAAUCGAUUGUUAUGUGUUUGUCCAUCUAAUCAAAAUCCUACAUGCUAUAAUGGUGGUCAAUGUAUCCCUAUUGAUAAAAACAUAAUACCUAACAAGCAAUUUAUAUGUAUUUGUCAAAAAGGUUUCAGUGGAAAAAAAUGUGAAAUAGCUGAUAAUAAAAUCAUUGUGUCAUUUCAUAAAAGUAUUAUUUUACCACAAUCAAUAUUCAUUCGUUUUAUUGAAGUAAUCAAUGAUGCUGUACCGGAAAAUGGUUUGACAUUCAAAACUAUUUCUGUCAAUCAAAAUUCAAUCACUAUUUUCUGGUCACGUCCAUUUCACAUUAUCUUUGCAAAAUUUUUUGAUAACAAUUAUUAUUUAAUAACAGUUCAAAAAACAUACAAUCGAUCAAGCGCAAUCUCUACAAUAGUUAAACCAUCAGGUUACUGA